UCAUUCUGUGGCCUAGUAUUAAAUAAGGCGACGGUUUUGUAGGUAGGAGAUAGCGGUGGAUUAAAGCACACGACAUCGAGGGUAUUAUCAACAAUAGUAAUAGACAAAUAAGCCUUCAUCAAGCCUUAAUUAGAUCAGAAUUAGUUGGAGGAAUGUCGUUGAUUUUGUGAAACUGUAAUUCGUAAAAACCUACUCGGAACAUGUAGGAUUCCGUGGGAAAUAGCCGAUGAUUUAAUUCUGUUUCGUGAAGUGUCGCUUAGCAAAUCGUUGCAUUAUAAAUAUACAUAUAGACCUACAUUUUUUUUACAAGAUUAUCCUUUUUGGUAUUUUUUUAUUUAGCAAUUAGAGUAGUUAUUGGUUGACAAGGUAACGGAAUAUUGCACUGGGAUGGACAAUGCCCAUACGAAAACGGUGGAGGAAGUGCUGGGCUUCUUCGGCGUGAACGAGUCCACGGGGCUGAGCUGCGAACAGCUGCGGAAAGCUCGGGAGAAAUGGGGCCCCAACGAGUUGCCAGCAGAAGAAGGAAAGUCCCUGUGGGCGCUCGUGGUGGAGCAGUUUGAGGAUCUGCUCGUGCGGAUUUUGCUGUUGGCAGCUUGCAUCUCCUUUACUCUGGCCUGGUUUGAGGAGGGGGAGGGAACCAUCACAGCCUUUGUGGAGCCCUUUGUCAUCCUCCUCAUCCUCAUUGCUAACGCUAUUGUUGGUGUGUGGCAGGAGCGGAAUGCGGAGAACGCGAUCGAGGCGCUGAAGGAGUACGAGCCGGAGAUGGGGAAGGUGUACCGGCAGGACAGGAAGAGCGUGCAGAGGGUGCGGGCCAGGGACAUUGUGCCAGGAGACAUCGUGGAGGUGGCCGUUGGAGACAAGGUGCCAGCAGACAUCCGGCUGACCUCCAUCCGCUCCACCACAUUACGAGUGGACCAGUCCAUCCUGACGGGGGAGUCCGUGUCUGUGCUCAAACACACCGAUCCCGUGCCUGAUCCACGCGCCGUCAACCAGGACAAGAAGAACAUGUUGUUUUCUGGCACCAACAUCGCAGCGGGGCGGGCUAUGGGGGUGGUGGUGGCCACGGGGGUGCAGACAGAGAUAGGGAAAAUUCGGGAUGAGAUGGCAGCCACCGACCCAGAGAGGACGCCCCUGCAGCAGAAACUGGACCAGUUUGGGGAGCAGCUCUCUAAGGUGAUCACCCUGAUCUGUGUGGCUGUGUGGGGCAUCAACGUGGGGCAUUUCAGCGACCCGGUCCAUGGGGGCAGCUGGCUCAGAGGGGCCGUUUACUACUUCAAGAUUGCCGUGGCGCUGGCGGUGGCUGCCAUCCCCGAGGGUCUGCCUGCUGUCAUCACCACCUGCCUGGCGCUGGGUACGCGCCGCAUGGCCCGCAAGAACGCCAUCGUCCGCAGCCUGCCGUCCGUCGAGACGCUGGGCUGCACCUCCGUCAUCUGCUCCGACAAGACAGGCACCCUCACCACCAAUCAGAUGUCUGUCUGCCGGAUGUUUGUGGUGGACAGUGUGAUGGGGGAGCAGUGCACCCUGAACGAGUUUACAGUGACUGGAUCUACUUACGCGCCUGAGGGGGAAGUGUGUAAGGAGGGAGUGGCCGUGCGGUGCAGUCAGUACGAGGGGCUGGUUGAGAUGGCCUCUAUCUGUGCUCUCUGCAAUGACUCCUCGCUGGACUACAAUGAGGCGAAGGGGGUUUAUGAGAAAGUGGGUGAGGCCACAGAGACCGCCCUCUGCUGCCUGGUGGAGAAAAUGAACGUUUUCGACACGGACCUGCACGGCCUCUCUCCCGCAGAGCGAGCCACAGCCUGCUGCUCUGUGAUAAAGCAGCUGAUGAAGAAGGAUCUGACGCUGGAGUUCUCCAGAGACAGGAAGUCCAUGUCUGUCUUCUGUUCUCCCAACAAGCUCACCAGGUCUGCCUCAGGGGCCAAGAUGUUUGUAAAGGGUGCCCCGGAGAGCGUUCUGGAGCGUUGCAGGUGGCUGCGGGUGGGGGGGGGCUCGAGGGUGCCGCUGUCGCCCCCCCUGCGGGAGCAGCUGCUGGGGACGGUGCGGGAGUGGGGUUCGGGACGUGACACCCUGCGCUGCCUGGCCAUGGCCACCCGCGACUCGCCCCCCGACCCCCGCACCCUCAGCCUGGAGAACUCCGCCUGCUUCUCCGAAUACGAGUCGGACCUGACCUUCGUAGGGUGCGUGGGGAUGUUGGACCCCCCCAGGAAGGAGGUGCUGGGGGCGGUGCGCAUGUGCCGACAGGCAGGGAUACGCGUCAUCAUGAUCACAGGAGACAAUAAGGGCACGGCCCUGUCGAUCUGUCGGCGCGUGGGCAUCAUCACGGAGCAGGAGGAGGAGGAGGGCCAGGGGGGGCAGUUCGGGGGGGGGCUGACGGGGCGAGAGUUCGACGAGCUGCCCCCCCACCUGCAGAGACAGGCCUGCCGCUCCGCGCGCUGCUUCGCCCGGGUGGAGCCCACACACAAGAGCCGCAUCGUGGAGUAUCUGCAGAGCCUGAGCGACAUCACCGCCAUGACAGGUGACGGGGUGAACGACGCUCCCGCCCUGAAGAAGGCUGAGAUCGGCAUUGCUAUGGGUUCGGGAACCGCGGUGGCCAAGUCGGCCUCUGAGAUGAUCCUGGCCGACGACAACUUCUCCACCAUCGUGGCGGCGGUGGAGGAGGGCCGGGCCAUCUACAACAACAUGAAGCAGUUCAUCCGCUACCUCAUCUCCUCCAACAUCGGAGAGGUCGUCUGUAUUUUCCUGACCGCUGCGCUGGGCAUGCCUGAGGCACUGAUCCCAGUUCAGCUGCUGUGGGUGAACCUGGUGACGGACGGCUUCCCAGCCACCGCCUUGGGCUUCAACCCCCCCGACCUGGAUAUCAUGUCCCGCCCCCCUCGCUCCCCCAAGGAGCCCCUCAUCUCUGGCUGGCUCUUCUGCAGAUACCUGAUCAUUGGCUGUUAUGUUGGAGCUGCCACAGUGGGGGCAGCAGCCUGGUGGUUCAUGGCGGCUCACGAUGGGCCCAAACUGACUUUCUACCAGCUGUCCCACUACCUGCAGUGCAGAGAGGGUCACAGCGAGUUUGCAGGGGUGCAGUGUUCGGUGUUCGAGUCGCCUUACCCCAUGACCAUGGCCCUCUCUGUCCUCGUCACCAUAGAGAUGUGCAACGCCCUCAACAGUCUGUCAGAAAACCAGUCCCUGCUGAAGAUGCCGCCCUGGUCGAACCCGUGGCUGGUGGGGGCCAUUUGCCUCUCCAUGGCCCUUCACUUCCUCAUCCUGUAUGUGGACCCGCUACCGGUGAUCUUCCAGAUCCGGCCUCUGUCGUGGCCCCAGUGGGUGACCGUGCUCAAGAUGUCCCUGCCUGUCAUCCUUAUGGACGAGGCUCUCAAGUUCUUGGCCAGGAACUACAUCGAGCCGGGCUAUGACCUGGAGCGAGAGGAGGAGGUGGCGAGGAGGAGGCGGGGCCAGGGCCUGGGGCCCGAUGGGGGCGGGGCCGGACUGGCCGGCCUGCUGGUCACGCCCAUCCGCCAGGCCUUCAGGGGCGUGUCCUGGUCCUUCGUCCUUAUCUCCGCCCCCUUGCUGGUGUGGAUCUACAGCCUGGACUCCGACAUCACCAACAUCUUCUGGACAUAG